CCAGAACCGACACCAUCAAGUCAGGCAGCACUUUCUAACUGUGUUGUAGUGGCUCGGGCGGCUAGCAUUAUUGCAGAUAUUUGGCUUCCUCCUUCUACAUCUCGUCUGCUUCGAUUGGCCGAAGUUUUUACCGUACUACUUGUCCUACGAGAUGAUCUCACUCGUGUGUUCAAAGCAUUGACUCGAGCAACUGGACUUUUGUGUACAGCAAUAUAUGGUUUAGAUUUGCUGGCCGAGACUUCUAGUUGUAGCGAAUCAACAUGUAUUAUCUCUAGACAUCAUUUACCUAUGGGUGCUGGAUUUGGCCUCCAACUAUUCAAGUGGCUUGGUGUUCGUUCUAAAGAAUUUUUGCCUCCUGAUUAUCGUCAACAAUUAAUUAACCCUCUCUUUGGCUUUUUUAUCUUAAGCCUUGCUGCCAAGCAGGCACAUUCGACUCUAAGGUAA